UUGAAAAGAAAAAACAAAUUUCUUCUCUUUUAAUGGAUAUAAUAUGUUGGCUUUAAGCAACGAUGAUUUCUUAUGAUAUGAAAAGAAGGGUUCUCAGAUGGAAGUAACCGAUGAACUAAUCACCGACAUGAUAGGGAGGUACAUUCGCUUCAGGAAAGGAGACGGUGUUGAACCAGCAAAGACGAAGGUCAUUGAAGAGUUUAGCAUCAACACAAGCAUGGAGAAAAUCGAACUUACGUAUGAGAUGCCCGAAUGGAUGGACGUCGACGGUUCUGUCAAGCCUGUCCCUAUUCACAUUGUAUCCGACGACAACAUGGACAUGUUCCUAGCUAUGCGGGUAGACAUCAACGAAAUGAAGCUCUUCAUGGUCCCUCUGAUGGACGAUAACAGGGUCACACGAUUAACCAGAGAUCUGUUCUCUGAUUUUGAAAGAGGUAAAAGCUUGUCGAGAAUAUCAUUUACUAGAAGUAAGAAGUCAGUUCCCACGCCAAGCUACGACAUCGGUGAUAUCACAAAUCAUGAAGUCAAAGCCAAAGGAUCCCCAAAUGGGAGUUACGGGAUUCUGCCAAGCUACCUUCACAUGUUGACAAGGGCAAACGUAGGAACCGUCACCGAUUUGCACACAGAGCUGGAAAUUGAUGGCGACAGUAGGUACAACAUCAUGACUUCGAAUGUCGCCGAGUCACUCAAUGCAGUCCUGAAGGAGGCACGAGAGCUGCCAAUUGUGUCGACCCUAGAGUAUAUCAGAGUACUCGGAGGUACUCUGAUGACUUGGUUUGAGAAGCGUAGGGAAAAAGCAACCCAACACGACAAGCCACUUACACCAAAGGUGGAAGAAAUUGUUCAAAGGAACUAUGAACGGUCCACAUCUUAUGACGUGGCAAAGAUCAACAACGAGCAAUACGAGAUGAAGACUACAACAGGUCUAUCGUACGUUGUGGAUAUCCAAAAGAGGACAUGUACCUGCGAGGAGUUCAACUUGCUACAGAUUCCUUGCAGCCACGCAAUUGCAGCCGCGAUAUGUUGUGACAUGAGUGUGCCAAUGUUGGCAGCUCCCCAGUACGGAAGCUUCUUUUGGAGUCUUGCUUACACUGGCGGUAUCUAUCCCGUCCCUGACUUAAGCACUUUACGUGAGGUUCCAGACAGAAUUGCCACAUUGACAGUCCUUCCUCCACUCACAAGAAGGCCACCAGGUAGGCCAAAUCGUACUAGAUACCUUUCAACUGGAGAAUUUGAGAGGCCGAAGAAGAUAACGAAGCGGAGCUGUACCAGGUGCCGUGGGACUGGGCAUAACCGCGCUUCCAACAAGAUGCCAAUAUAACCUAGCAUUUGGAAGCUUUGGUAAUAUAUCUAUGGAGCUCAC